GCCCAUGGCCUCUGAAGAUCUUGCAGGCCAGUUGCCAAAUCUAUAUGUCAGACAGAACUCCUCAAAUGCAGUAUCUCUAGAAUUUGAUCCUGAUGUCAACUAUCAGUUUGUGGAAACCUUAGAUGAACGAUACAAAUGUACACGCUGUCACCUAGUCCUCCAUAAUCCUCAUCAAACAGGAUGUGGACAUAGAUUUUGCCAGAAUUGCAUUGAUUCUUUGAGGUAUGAAAGGCUUCUUUUUCUUACAAUAUUUGUGCAAAUUCAUGCUGUUUUCAAAGAUAAUUGCUGCAAAAGAGAAGUACUCAAUUUGCAAGUGUUUUGUAAAAAUUCACCAGCCUGCACUGCAAAGUUAUGUCUCGGACGAUACCAGGAUCACCUGCAACAGUGUUUGUUUGAAACUGUGCAGUGUACUAAUGAAGGCUGUAAUGAAAAAAAUGUUCUGAAGGAUUUAAAAGAACACCUUAUUCAGCAAUGUAACUUUCGAAAAGAACAGUGCCAGUACUGUAAACACCCUGUGAUAUCAGUUAAUUUAAAGACCCAUAGGGAAGUAGAUUGCCCAGAUUAUCCCUGGAUUUGUCCCUAUGGCUGCAUGCAGAUGAUUCUGAUGAAAGAGGCAGAAGAUCAUGUUUUGGUAUGUCCUGAAAUGGAAAUUGAUUGUCCAUAUAAAAUGUGUGGCUGUCCUAAAAAGAUUAAAAGAAGCAAGCUUUUAGAACACGAGGAUAUCUUCUUGAGAGAACAUAUGCUACACAUUGUAGAUAAGAACUCAAAGUUGGAAGAUCAGAUUUCAGAUCUUUAUAAGAGCCUUAAAUAUAAAGAGUUAAAAAUCUUGCAACUGUCAGAUAUGAUUAAAAAUUGUGAGAGAGAAUUCAGAGAGUUAUCUCAGCUAUUUUGCAAAAACAGCAACCUGCUGACAAGCACUCAGACUUUGGCCAUUCACAUUGAUAAAAAUAUCUUCCUGGAAACACAAGUAAGACAGCUGGUACAAAAGACAAAUCAGCAGCAAAGCAAACUGGACCCGAGAACACUACUGGACACCAUUGAUAACCUAAAGCAGAAAGUUGCUCUUCUUGAAUCAUAUGAACAACGUCUAGAAGACUUGGCUACCCAACAAGAUGUUGUCUUCAGAAUGCACGGGACACAACUUAACAAAAAUGAAGAACGGUUCAAGAUUUUGGAAGGAGCAAGUUACAAUGGAAAAUUGAUCUGGAAAAUUAUGGACUACAAAAUUAAGAAGAAAGAAGCUAUAGAAGGGCACAGCUUCUCCUUAUUUAGUCAACCUUUUUAUACCAGCCGCUGUGGAUAUAGAUUAUCUGCCAGAGCAUAUUUAAAUGGAGAUGGCACAGGACGGGGAACUCAUGUUUCAUUGUAUUUUGUAGUGAUGAGAGGAGAAUUUGAUGCAUUAUUAUCAUGGCCUUUCAAACAAAAGGUUACACUUAUGCUUUUGGAUCAAAGUGGAAAGAAAAAACAUAUAUGUGAAACUUUCAAAGCUGAUCCUAACAGCAUCAGCUUCAAAAGGCCAGGAGGAGAAAUGAAUGUGGCUUCUGGAUGUCCUCGGUUUGUUGCACACUCUGUGUUGGAAAAUGCAAAAAACAUCUACAUCAAAGAUGAUACACUCUUUCUGAAAGUAAUGGUAGAUUUGACUGAUCUUGAGGAAUUAUGAGAAUAUCCACUAUAAAACAUUAGAGUGAACACUUUUAUGCUCUCUGGAUUCUUUCAAACUGAUGAAAGUUGCUCUGUGGUCUACCAAGCUGUUUUUUUGUAGAGUUUUGAAAGACUGUUGUAUUUUUUUGUACUUUUAAAAUGUCAUGUUAAUAGUUCUGUGAAUUAUGAACAUCCAGCAAAAGUUGAUCUUGUUAUUAUUAUGCUCUGUUACUGUUUCAGUUUAAUAACUGAGAAAGCUUUAAAUGGUUAUGUUAUGGCAUCGUCAAUGUUGACUCUUAUGACCACAGAUAGAUCUUCUCCAGGACAAUCUGAGCCAACCUGGUUCUUCAUGUCUCAAUGAUGUGCCACUGCUUCUCAGUGCAACAGCAUAUCUCCAGUCCAUUACAUUCUGGUUGACAAUUAGAUAUUUACAAAAUAAUUUUGAAUUAAACCAAAUACUAAAAGUCUCUACUAUUUACUCUA